UUAAAGAAAAAAAUUUUUACACAAAAAAAAAAGGAAAAAAUCACAAAACAGUUGAAACGAACUACUACACGCAGAAGCCAUCUUCAUAACUAAGAACCAAGAACCGAAAACCAUUUAUUGACCAGACAGCAUCAGCCAGAGGAGAAUCACAACCAGCAGCCGGGCACAGACAGACAGACAUUCACACAGGAUCUCCGGCAGGGUGUACGGCUGGUAGCUGGAGAGCAUUGUCUUGUCCAUGCGAAGCACGUCCUUGAGCUAAAGCUUACGAGUCUGGCAUGAGAAGAGCUGAGCCGAUCCCUCAGCAACCUUGUCUCGAAACAGCCACAGAAGCGAAUCGCUCGUCUUUUUUGAGCAUGACGGAACCGGAAGUGCCCACUGUGCUCGAACUGGACAACCCGCCGAACUUGGGCAACUGCUCCGCCACAUUAAGCGCAGCAGGCCUUGACCCAGCUCAGGAUGCAGAGGUACAACCAGAACAAGGACCUGAGCCAUGUCCCGAACUAGCAGCUGAAACAGAACCACUAGAAACCCCCUAUGAGGCACUAUUGGAAGACCCAUCACUAGAACCACCACUAAUAUCAGUUCUAAUGGUGGCUCAGUUGGAACUGCCAUUAGAAACACCGUCAGGACCACCAGCAGAAUUUCUGUUAGAACCACCACUUGAAUUACCACUUGUAGCACCACUAGAAUUACCACUAGAAUCACCACUAGGAUCACCAUUAGAAACUCCAAUAGAUUCACCAAUAGUAUCACCACCAGGAUCACCACUAGAAUCACCACCAAUAUAUCCACUAGAAUCACCACUAGGAUCACCACUAAAUUCACCACUAGAAUCUCCAAUAGAUUCACAAAUAGAAUCACCACUAGGAUCACCACUAGAAUCACCACUAGAAUCAUUAAUAGAAUCACCAACAGAAUCACCACUAGGAUCACCACUAGAAUCACCACCUAAAUCACAACUAGAAUCACCUCUAGGAUCACUUCUAGGAUCACCACUUGAAUCACCACUUAAAUCACAACUAGAAUCACCACUAGAAUCACCACUACAAUCACCACUACAAUCACCACUAGAAUCACCACCUAAAUCACAACUAGAAUCACCUCUAGGAUCACUUCUAGGAUCACCACUUGAAUCACCACUUAAAUCACAACUAGAAUCACCACUAGAAUCACCACUACAAUCACCACUACAAUCACCACUACAAUCACCACUACAAUCACCACUACAAUCACCACUACAAUCACCACUAGAAUCACCACCUAAAUCACAACUAGAAUCACCUCUAGGAUCACUUCUAGGAUCACCACUUGAAUCACCACAUAAAUCACAACUAGAAUCACCACUAGAAUCACCACUACAAUCACCACUACAAUCACAACUACAAUCACCACUAGAAGCAUCAGCACAGUUACCAGAGACGGUGAGCAGCAGUCCCAAGAGCCCAGCCCAGAAUGAGCCAGGCCAGAUGUCACCAUACGCACCCGUCUUCCAUCCAAAGCGUUCCCAUGAAGCCAAAAGGCGCGAAAAUGGGACACCGCAGAGCGCAGAACAACAGUCUGAGUGGCACUUCUUCGACUUGGGUUUCGAGAUCGGAACUGGACCAUACAUUGGACCAGGAGGAGACAUACCGCGGCGUUUUCAAUUAUUGAAUGAAGCCCAUCGAGAGCGCAACUGCAACAGCUUUGGCCUGGGCAUGAAUUUGGAGUGCGGCGAUCCGGGACUGCUGCCGUCGUCAUCAACACCAGUGGCGGAGCGAUCUACUCCGUGGGUGGCCUACUUCAGACCGAAUGUGGUGAAUGAGCGCCAAGCUCAAAAGUCAGGGGCUGCGGGGUCUAGCGGAAACAGCGGACGCAAUUGGACUUUAGGAGGCACAGAGACGAGUACGAAACCAUUGGUGGUCGAACCGGCGUUCCCGCCCUACGAGGCUUUUGCCAAGCAACUUGGUGAGUUCGGCUUGCCGGCCGACGAGUACAUGGGCACACUGCGCAACCUGUUGAUACGCGCCAACGAUCUGAUGAAGCCGCUGGUCCAAGGCCCAUUUGAGCACAUGUCGCCCGCCCAGAUGGCCGAGUACACCACCGCCAUUUUGGCGACACCGCCGCUGCACCCGAGCCUCUUCCUGCCGGCGAAUACGCCACGUCCCUGGUCGGUCGCCACUGAGUUCGGCCUGCCCUUCGACAGCCAUCCGCACAGCCUCACGCCCGAGGAUCGGGCCCGCAUCCAGGCGAUUCCCAAGCUGGUGGAUGCGACCACCCAAACGGAAUUCCGUCCCAGCCCACCGGCGAGCUACUACACGGGGUCACCGCUUGUGUUCGAGAUGCCUCUCCACGGACCCCGGCCACCAAGGGUGCCGCAACCAUAUCCACCCGGACCACCGACUGGACCAACUCCGCAACAGUACGGCUACUGGAACAGGAACAUGGCAAUGCCAAAGCGGCCACGUUAUGUGUCGCAUUCCCACGCGCCGCCGCCACAGCAUCGAGUGCCCCCUCACCCACAAUAUCAUCGUGCCGCAUUCGAGCAACCCAGUCAUUGGCAUCCGAGAAUGCAGUCGGGAAUGCAGUCGGUUAUGCAGUCCGGUCAUCCGAUGGCGCUUAGGCUGGGCGGAGCACUGCGCUACCCGGAGGAGGUUCGCUUCGGCAACCAAGUGGGCAACUUCGGUGCGGACAAGCAGUGCCGCUACGGAGCCAUCGGAAGCGGACGACCCAGCCAAAACAGGGGCCGGAACGCCGGCAACUCUCCGAACGGGAGCUACGGCAACCGCGGUUAUCUUACUGCCGUUAGGUCCACUGGUAAUCCCACUGGACCGUCCAGAUCUGGCGGAAAUCCAGCCCAACCUGGUGAGCUGGACAUACAGCUGCGGCUCAACGAGGAGGGAGUCUAUACCGCCAGGACGGAGAACGCCAUUAGCCCUUUGCGGACCGAGGGCGGUGAGAAUGAUCCCCAAGGCAGCGAGGAGAGCAGCUACGUCGAUGAGGAGGUUUCCGUCGAGGAUGACGACGACGGUGACGAAGAGGACGAAGAGGAGCGUGAAGAGGAGGAGCAGGAGGUGAAGGAGGAGGUGGAUGGCGAGGAGGGCGAGGAGGAGGAGGAGGAGGAGAAGGAGGGGGAGGAGGAUGAGGUGGAGCUGGAGGUGGAUGAGGUGGAGCUGGAGGUGGAUGAUGUGGAGCUGGAGGUGGAGGUUGAGGUUGAGGUUGAGGUUGAGGUUGAGGUUGAGGAGGAGGAGAGGAAGAGGGAGGAGGAUGAAGAGCAGGCCGCGGUAACCAUUGAGGCACAAGGCGCACCGGCCGUUGCAGGUAGCAUAGUGCAGGAUCAGCAGUUGGCCGCUCCCGAGCCCUUACUCUUCCAAGAGGGGGAGCUUUUCAACUACAACAUAUCGGAGACCCCCAUUGUGCCCAAUUGCUACCAGCCCAUCGGCUAUGGUGCCAUGCCAUGCCAGGAGCACGGUGGGCCGCAGACGCCGCGCGGCAAUGUGCCCUGCGCCCAGGUGCAGCCGCUUGUGAUGCCGCCCACCCAUUUCCCCAGCUUUGCCCAGGCUGCUCAAGAUCACCCUUCGCAGGCGUCCAUGCAUCCUGCAAUGCCUCCUCCUAUGCCCGCUGGUGUGCCCCCUUUCGGCAUUGGCAUUGGCAUUGGCCUCCAGGGCCAAGCCGAUUACCAGCGGAUGGAGCCCGAGCACCACUACAAUGGCAACCACUUUAACUACCGCCACCACCGACCCAAUCCCGACUUCAAUCCGGCCAUGAUGAGCCACGAGCCGGGUCCCAGUGGGCUCUACAUGAUACCACGACCACCACCACCACCGCCACCACCAGCACCAGGCGUUCUUCUGCAGCCGACCAUGUACCAAUUGCGGAAGGAGAGGGCCAGGGCACAUCCGAUCAUGUUCGAGGCGGGCGGCCAUCGCAGCCACAGCGCAGGCUCUAGACCGCCGCUGAUGAUGCAUAACCUGGGUGGCCAAGAACACAUGCAUGGUCAUGGUCGUGGUCACGGUCCGAGUUCCAGUCGGGGACACCAUGGCCCGCCCGGCCACCACAUGACCCGCCAGCAUCCCCAGGGCAUGCCCUUCAACGGCCAGCAUAUGAGGCCCUCGCAUGUGCACGGCGGUCAUGUGAACCAAAUGGGCAGAGGAGGCAUGGACAGGGGCAUGGGCAUGGGCGUGGGCAUUGGCGUGGGAAUGCUGCCCCUGCCGGUCCACAUGCUCAGCACUAACCGAAUGCCGCAGUCCAACAUGCAACAGGGUAUGCCGCAGCCUAAUAUGAAGCAGGGUAUGCCAAAAGUAAUGCAAUUGGGUAUGCCACAAGGAAUGCAACAGGGUAUGCCACAAGCAAUGCUGCCACAGGGUAUGCCACAAGCAAUGCUGCCACAGGGUAUGCCACAAGGAAUGCAACAGGGUAUGCCACAAGCAAUGCUGUCACAGGGUAUGCCACAAGGAAUGCUGCCACAGGGUAUGUCACACGAAAUGCAUCAUGAUAUGCUACAGAGUAUGCUGCAGAGUAUGCAACAGGGUAUGCCACAAGGAAAGCAACAGGGUAUGCCACAAGGAAUGCUACCACAGGGUAUGCCACAAGGAGUGCCACAGGGUGUGUCACACGAAAUGCCACAGGGUGUGUCACACGAAAUGCAACAUGGUAUGCUACAAAGUAUGCAACAGGGUAUCCCACAAAGUAUGCAACAGGGUAUUUCACAAAGUAUGCAACAGGGAAUGCAACAGGGAAUGCCACAAGGAAUGCAACAGGGUAUGUCACAGGCCAUGCGGCAGAGUAUGCAACACGGAAUGCCACAGGGUAUGCAACUGGCAAUGCCUCAGACUAUGAACCAGGGUAUAUCCCAGUCUAAUAUGCAGCAGGGAAUGCCCAUGAAUGUCCCACCGUCCAGUCGCGGCAUGAGUCCUUCCGCCAAUCUGAAUGCGAGGCAAAACUACCCGAAUCUGAAUGGCAAUAACAAUAAUACGGAGCUGAUCCAAAUGCCACUGUCACUCAUAGAAGAAGGCAGCAACGUGGCCAGCAGAGUGCCAACAGAAAUGUCAAUCGGUGUCGAUCCCAAUCCCAAUCUUAAUCUUAAUUUCAGCAUGUCGUGGUCGAACAAGUCGUUUGACAUGAUCACACUUGCUCCGGGAUCGCCGACAGUGCCAAGUCAACCAGUAAACACCCAACCUCUUGGAGGCGGUGUUCCUGUCCCAGGAGCAGCAAACGGCGAACAGAUCAGCCAGCCGUCUUACGCCUCCCUGCUGCAGUAACAAUAAGGCGGAGGAAAGUCCUCGUCAGUUGAAUUUCAUCUUUACCUACGCACCAGGUUGCUAAAUUCCAAAUUUAAUCUAGUCAGAUCGCAAUUCAACUACUCCUCCACAAGCGAAUCAAAUUUCUUUGUUACUUAUUCUUUUUGUACUUGGCUUUCAUUUGUUGGUUAAAUAAA